AUGGAUGCUGCGGGAAGGGGCUGCCAUUUGCCGCCCCUGCCAGCGGAGCGCGGACCUGCUCGCUCUCUCGCAGCGGCGGCCGCUGCCAGCGCGCUCCGCCGGCCCGGCCUCUGCAGCGGAGCCGCCUCGCCUCCCUCCGCGGCCGGCAGGGCGGGCGCCAUGAACCCCGGCUCCUCGGCGGGAGAGGAGCAGGGGGCGACGGGCGGCGGCGGAAGCGGCGCCGGGAGCGGCUGCCUGGGCGCCGAGGGCGGCGCGGACCCGCGGGGCGCGGGCGCAGCGGCGGCGGGGGCCGCUGCCCUGGAGGAGCCCGCGGCCGCCGGCGCGAAGGAGAAGGACGAGGCGCUGGAGGAGAAGCUGCGGAACUUAACUUUCCGGAAGCAGGUCUCUUACAGGAAAGCAAUCUCCCGGGCAGGCCUGCAGCACCUGACUCCUGCUCAUCCCCUCGGUCUUCCUGUGGCAAAUGGUCCAGCGAAGGAGCCCAGAGCAACUCUGGACUGGAGUGAGAACGCUGUGAACGGAGAGCACCUGUGGCUGGAGACCAACGUCUCGGGAGACCUGUGCUACCUGGGCGAGGAGAACUGCCAAGUCCGAUUUGCAAAAUCUGCCCUCAGGAGGAAGUGUGCAGUCUGUAAAAUCGUGGUCCACACCGCCUGCAUCGAACAGCUAGAAAAGAUUAAUUUCAGAUGUAAACCAACAUUUCGAGAAGGGGGCUCCAGAUCACCUAGAGAAAAUUUUGUGCGUCAUCACUGGGUGCACAGGCGUCGGCAGGAGGGAAAGUGUAAGCAGUGUGGUAAGGGCUUUCAGCAGAAAUUCUCCUUCCACAGUAAAGAGAUUGUGGCUAUCAGCUGUUCCUGGUGCAAGCAGGCGUUUCACAAUAAGGUGACCUGCUUUAUGCUGCAUCAAAUUGAGGAACCCUGCUCCCUGGGAGCUCAUGCUGCUGUUAUUGUCCCGCCCACCUGGAUCAUUAAGGUGAAGAAACCUCAGAACUCGCUGAAGGCUUCCAAUCGUAAGAAGAAGAGAACGAGCUUUAAAAGAAAAGCCAGUAAAAGGGGAACUGAACAGGAAAACAAAGGUCGUCCUUUUGUGAUAAAACCUAUCUCUUCUCCUCUCAUGAAACCCUUGCUUGUGUUUGUGAACCCCAAGAGUGGAGGCAACCAGGGAACCAAAGUCCUGCAGAUGUUCAUGUGGUACCUGAAUCCACGGCAAGUCUUUGAUCUUUCUCAGGAAGGGCCGAAAGAUGCGCUUGAAUUGUAUAGGAAAGUACCAAAUCUGCGAAUUCUGGCCUGUGGUGGGGAUGGAACGGUGGGCUGGAUCCUUUCUAUUCUGGAUGAACUGCAGCUGAGCCCUCAGCCUCCGGUUGGAGUCCUUCCUCUGGGGACUGGGAACGACCUGGCUCGGACUCUCAACUGGGGAGGGGGCUACACUGAUGAACCUGUUUCCAAAAUCCUCUGUCAAGUAGAAGAUGGGACAAUUGUACAGCUAGAUCGCUGGAACCUCCAUGUGGAAAGAAACCCAGACUUGCCUCCAGAAGAGCUUGAAGAUGGCGUGUGUAAGCUUCCUCUGAAUGUUUUCAAUAAUUACUUCAGCCUUGGAUUUGAUGCCCACGUCACACUGGAGUUCCAUGAAUCCCGAGAGGCAAAUCCAGAGAAAUUCAACAGUCGUUUUCGAAAUAAAAUGUUCUAUGCAGGGGCAGCAUUUUCUGAUUUCCUACAGAGAAGCUCUAGAGAUCUAUCCAAACACGUUAAAGUUGUUUGUGAUGGAACAGAUCUCACCCCAAAGAUUCAGGAACUGAAGUUCCAGUGUAUAGUAUUUUUAAAUAUACCCAGAUAUUGUGCUGGCACAAUGCCCUGGGGGAACCCAGGGGAUCACCAUGAUUUUGAACCUCAGCGUCAUGAUGAUGGCUAUAUUGAAGUUAUUGGAUUCACCAUGGCCUCUUUGGCUGCCCUGCAAGUCGGGGGCCACGGGGAAAGGCUGCACCAGUGCCGGGAGGUCAUGCUGCUGACGUACAAAUCCAUCCCCAUGCAAGUGGAUGGGGAGCCCUGCAGGCUGGCCCCCGCUAUGAUUCGGAUCUCCUUGAGGAAUCAGGCCAACAUGGUGCAGAAGAGCAAGAGGAGAACGUCCAUGCCUUUACUCAAUGAUCUCCAUCAGGUGCAAGCUGCGGAUCUGCGGAGAGUGUCUGCCCCCCCUGGCUCCUUCACCAUUCCCCAGUCUAUCCCAGACCGCCUGAGGAUCCGCGUGAACAAAAUCAGUUUGCAAGACUAUGAAGGGUUCCACUAUGACAAAGAGAAACUCCGGGAAGCUUCCAUUCCUCUGGGUAUUCUAGUUGUGCGUGGAGACUGUGACUUGGAGACUUGCCGUAUGUACAUAGAUCGCCUGCAGGAGGACCUGCAAUCAGUUUCUUCUGGCUCCCACAGAGUUCAUUACCAGGACCAAGAAACCUCCUUCCCCAGGGCACUCUCAGCUCAGAGACUCUCCCCACGGUGGUGCUUUCUAGAUGCAACUUCUGCUGAUCGCUUUUAUCGAAUAGACAGAUCUCAGGAACAUUUGCACUUUGUGAUGGAGAUUUCUCAAGAUGAGGUUUUUAUUCUGGACCCAGACAUGGCCUUGUCACAGCAGGCAGGGACACCGCCAGGAAUGCCUGACCUGGUGGUGGAGCAAGCCUCAGGGAUGUCAGACUGGUGGAAUCCUUCACUACGGAGACGCAUGCUGAGUGACAGCGGUCUGGGAAUGAUAACUCCGCGUUUCGAGGACUCCGAUAUGAAAGAUCUCAGCCACUCCCAUGCGCUACAGUCUCCAGUCUCUUCAGAAGAUCACGCAAUUUUGCAGGCAGUAAUAACUGGUGAUCUUAUGAAGCUAAUAGAAAGCUAUAAAAAUGGAGGCAGUCUGCUAAUUCAGGGACCAGACCACUGUUCACUCCUUCACCACGCAGCUAAAACCGGCAACGGGGAAAUUGUGAAAUAUAUCCUUGAUCACGGACCUUCCGAGUUAUUGGAUAUGGCAGACAGCGAAACGGGUGAGACUGCACUGCACAAGGCUGCCUGCCAGCGGAACCGGGCCGUGUGCCAGCUUCUGGUGGACGCAGGAGCAUCUCUGAGAAAGACGGACUCCAAGGGCAAGACACCUCAAGACAGAGCUCAGCAGGCUGGGGACCCUGAUUUGGCUGCUUACCUAGAAAGCCGUCAGAACUAUAAGAUCAUUGGCCACGAGGACCUGGAAACUACUGUUUGACCCUGGUAGACGGGCAAAGAGAACCUGAGCGAGCAUAUCACCUGGGCCCUCCCGGCGAUCGGGCAGCUCCCCUGGAAGAAGCUGAUGGAAUCCAUAAAUCUGUCUCUCUCCUGCAAGCAUCUGAGGCCAUGCCACCAGUUUUUAAGGGCUACUGAGAUGUACAACAGAAUGGAAUAGCCCACAGAGGACGAGGCAGGAUACCUGGAGAUUGGUGGAAAAUGAGUUCCACAAAAUUUGAUCUUUAUUGCUUCCAGCAAGUAGCAUGAACUUCUGUGUUCACCUGUAUCAUUUAUUUUAAAGAUUCAAAGGAUGUUCCUAUAAAUGGCACUGCUCCCUUCUCCCCUAUGCAUUCACCUUCCCCUGUACCGCACCAUUCUGCCUGUAACCACCCAGAAAAAAUUCGAUACAAUCUGUUCUCUUUACAUUCAGUCUUUGAAGACCACAAGACUGUCUGAAGGUCUUUUGAAACCCUCUGGUUGUCCUGCAGAAAUGUAACUGUAAAACUGCUUCCGUUUCCAAGACUAAAUAUACCAGGAUGACUUAGUGACUUUUUUGCAUGUCACCCCUCCCUGCUCAUUUCUUUUUCAUCAUCUGGGAGCUGGGAGUUGCCACAUGGAUAAUGUCAACUUGCGCAUUGUAUCUCUGAGGCAUGGUGAGGUGGCAUGGGAGUCUCCUGUUCUCAGCGGGACCUCAGAGAGGUAACCCAGGGGUUGGCCCCAUGUGCGGGCCUGUUACUGAUGGCCACAAAGGCCAGGUUCAGCUUGGGCUGUUUGGACAGCUCCAUACUGCCCAGGUGUAGCCAUCUUUGCCUUUUGCUGCAAUAGAGGUGAGCAAUGGACUAAGCCAAGGCCCGUAGCUAGUCUGCAGAAGCACUUAACUUUAAGUGCUGUUUCAACUGCAGGGCAGAAAAACCACGUGUGGGAACUGUGGCUACAGGAAAUAGAGCUCGGUGCCAGUGUUCACUUCUUGGCUUUUUUGAGUGAUAAUGGAAAGCAGGCUAAUGGACUUGAAAUAAAACAGCAGAAGCAAAAGUAGCAACAUAUGUCAAAAUAACUCACUUAAGUAAGAAAACAGUCACUGGAGCUUUGCACAGAGGCUAAUAAGUACAGACUCUUGGGUACAGUGGUGAGAGGGGCCCAUUUAGGUUUUCCUUCUAAGUUUCUGGUUUUCAUUACCCCCAAGUUCGCCCUAUGCCAAGGACAAAGCCUUGCUGUGUGAGUUUCACUGCCAGAUUUCCAGGAGGUGUGGCCCUUUCUGAUGGAUGCCUCCACCUACUCCUGGUCAGCUCCCAAGGUCAUACCUGAUAGCGCUAUAGCCCCAUUUUACAUGAACGGGGUAAUCUAUUAGUUUCUCUAUUUUCUUCUGCUAGAAAGUUCUUAGUACAAACCUCUGUGGGAGCGCAGCCAGGAAUGUUUCUCUGGCAGUGGAAUUGCAGCUUCUAAUCCUGCCACAGAGCAGUUGAGACUUACAGGUACUUCUAUUAGGGACCUUGUGACAAUUACAAUAUUAGGAGACGAAGACUUCUAAUUUCUGGUGAAAAUGUCUACAUGACUUGGGUGUAAGUCAGAAAUGAAAGUGGGUGAUCGAGGGUUUUGCUUCACUCUUAGACAUAAGCAUCAAGCUUCCUGACUCUUUCUGCAUGUGAGCGCACACGAUUGUUUCUCUGUGUUUAAUGUAAAGGUCCAGCAGCGACGUGCUGCUGAUCUGAAUCACAUUUCGGCCACAUAUCAUUUUGAAAGUACAAAUAUGAUAUACUGUUAAGUAGGAAUAACCUCUCAGUGGAUGGGGCUUAGUCGUCUCGAAAUCAAACGGCUGGCAUUAUUUUCAGCUGUGGGAGGAAGGGUUGGUUGCGAGUAAUCUAUUUCCAUAGAUCAGUCUUAGAAAUGCAACUAUAUUUUGGGUUUUAUGGUGAGGGGAGGAGGAGCUGCAGUAGAUUGUUUCCAGAAGCUGGAAAAAAUUAUGCUCCAGGAGAAUUUAAUCACUGGGCUUCUGCUGGGAGUUUUUCAAUUGGUGGGACUGUCCAGGAGAUGUUGUGAUGACAGAAAUAUAAUCCUUCAAACAGACUGAAAUCUGGCUUUGGAUGGUGCCUUCCAUUCCCUAGAUUGAGCCAAACACUUGGCCAUGCAGUCAGUUACCCAGCUGCCAUUGCUGGGAUGAAGGACUAUUUUCACCAACUACCAUCUCAUAUUUCUCUGUAAUGCUUCAAAGCAGCCCAGAGAAAAUUUAGGGUACAGGUGGCUAGGGGCCAAUUCAAAUAGCUCCAAGUGAAGUAAUAAGUCAACCCCCGGAAUGAAAAUUGAUGAUGUACUGACUGCUGUAGGAGUCUUGGAACAUUUGGAAAUUGUUCCAAAAAAAAA